CCGAUGGUGAUGACAUCACAUCCUCUUUGUAAACAUCCAUCCAUGCAUCCAUUUUCUGAGCCGCUUCUCCUCACACGGGUCGCGGGCGUGCUGGAGCCUAUCCCAGCUGUCAUCGGGCAGGAGGCGGGGUACACCCUGAACUGGUUGCCAGCCAAUCGCAGGGCACAUACAAACAAACAACCAUUCGCAUUCACAGUCACAGUCACAGUCACACCGACGGGCAAUUUAGAGUCUCCAAUUAAUGCGUGUUUUUGGGAUGUGGGAGGAAACCGGAGUGCCCGGAGAAAACCCACGCAGGCACAUGCAAACUCCACACAGGAUUGAACCCGGGUCCUCAGAACUGCGAGGCUGACGCUCUAACCAGUCGCCCACCGUGCCGCCUCUUUGUAAACAACAUAUUCAAAUUGAAUUUGUACUCAGCUGGGACACAACAGGCCCAACAGGUCGCUCCAGUCGGUCCUCUCGGCUUUUAUUUCUGGAGCGACUCGGGCUCCGACAAGACGUUCGCUUUCCUUCCCUAACGUGUCGCACGCUCAGGAGCCGCCAUGUCGUCCAAGAUGGUGAUCAACCAGCCUCAGCCCGUGAUGGUUCACCGAGAGUCCAACAAGUGGGGCAGCGGCAUCUGCGACUGCUGCAACGACGUACCCAUGUGCUGCUGUGCGUUCUGGUGCUUGCCUUGCUUCGCCUGCAUGACGGCCAAAAAGUACGGCGAGUGCCUCUGCCUCCCCCUGGUGGACGUACUGCUGAGCCCCUGUGUCCCUCCCGUCACCAUGUCCAUGAGGGUGUCUAUGCGCCAACUCUACGGCAUACGGGGCUCCAUGUUCAAUGACUGCGUGUGCGCCACCUUCUGUUCGGCGUGCGUGUGGUGUCAGAUGGCGCGCGAAAUGAAGGAGCGAGUCAUCGAAAUCGUGCUGGUUAACAAACACACCAAGACUUUCGCGUAGCAACAGCGGUACGUUUCAGAGUGAAAAACCACACUACGUAAAAGGCGCAUAGGCUGUGUUCGGAAUCCUUCGCUCAUUCCCGACUCCAUAAUUCCUAUACAGUGAUACCUCGGCUUCCGAGUGCCACGUAAAUAGAGCCAUUUAUAUUCUAAUUCAGAUUUAUUGAGCUGUCGUCAUUAAUCUGCUAACACUGUCACUCAGUCACCCCCUUGAGGAUCUCGAUGGUACCACAAGACAAAAUGCACCUUUGCUAUCGUAUUUUCACGACCAUAGGGCGCACCGUAUUAAAAGGCGCAGUCUCACGUACGCGGUCUAUUUCUGUAUUUAACACAUACAUAAGGCGCACCGUAUUAUUGGGCAUGGUCAAACAUACGCUAGCUUAAAACAUACGGUAGCAUGCAUGCACGCGAAAACAAUGUUUUUAAAAAGGCAGCGGGAGCAAAACUAAGUUUGGUUGUACUUAAUUGAAGUAUUUAAGAACGUACUCACCUUAUUUUUUGAUCAAUCCUCAUCCACAAAUCCAUCCAAGUCCUCAUGUUCUGUAUCCGAAAUGAACAGCUGGGCAAGUUCUCCAUCAAACACGCCGGGUUCCCUCUCGUCAUUGUCGGAGUCAGUCUCGUUGCCGGGGGGAUCCUCAGAAGCUCGUUUUCCUGCAUGCUCCACUUGCGAACCGUGGAUUCGUUGAUCUUGAAUUGUUCCUCCGCCUAACUGAUAGCUUGCAGUUUAAACUGCGCUUCGUAAGCGCGUCUAUUCGUAGGUGCAGUUUUUCGAUUGCGGUCAAGCCAGCCGCCCCUAAUUUUGUUCAUUACGGUAAUAAGUCGCCAACUCGCGGCGAAAGCCACCUUCAAAAUAAAAACUUCCCAAUAAUACGGAUGUCAAUGCUCUUUGGUUAAGGAAUGCAACUCCACUAAAAGAGGUUUGAUGAAGAUCUGAUAUUGUAUUUCAAAAUAAAAGUCUCCGAAAACGAAUAAACUACACUUUUUUAAUGCAUCUCAAGAUUCAAUUAACCUUGCUGGUUGCAUUCCUUUAUCGAAGAGCAUUGACAAACCGAUGUUGUUUUGCACAAUGCACAUACCGGCGCUAUAUGCCUACUGGGGGCGUGCCUCCACGCGCACCCUUCCCCCUUUAAUGCGGUCCUCAGCCACGUCCGCUUUUCCUCUGGAUAAGCAGCGUGUCGGCAGGAAAUGCUCCCAGUCAGUCAAGCGGAGCGCUCAUCACACAACAUUUAUAGAUUUUGGAACUCGGUGCACACAUAAGGCGCCGCCGCAUUAUAAGGCGCACCGUCCAUUUUGGAGAAAAUUUAACACUUUUAAGUGUGCCUCAUGCUCGUGAAAAUACAAUAACUAAAUAAAAAUUAAUUAUUUCAUCCCGAGCAAUGACAUGUUUGAUUAUAUUUUUUCUUUAAAUUAUUACCCAAAUGAUUGAUGGGUACUUUUAUUUUUUUCAUUUCUCAAUAUGUAUCUUGACUGUUGUUUUCAGCUAAAUAUAAAUAAUAUCAGCAGGUAUGCUCAAUUUUUCUGACUCUUUUUGUUUUAAUUCAAACACCUUACCAUAUGUAAAAAAAAAAAAAAAGAACAGCUCACAUGGGCUGGAAGGCAGACAAAACAAAAAAAAAACUAACAAAAAAAAAAAACUGCAACUGUUUUGUUGACAUUUGUUUUCAUGAAAAGUAGUUAAGAACAGAUGCAGGAGACGAAAAGAACUUCUGUUCUCAAUGAAAAUAAAUGUUAAGAUUAAGUUUCAACGGUUAUGUAAGGAGUUAUCAAUGAUGUUCCAAAUGAUUGUUUUUGUUUUGUUUUUAAUGAUGGAAGUGAAAUAAGGUAAAUUUAAUAAACAUUUGUUAUUCGGGCAAUGUAAAGAUUAGCUUUAGAAACAGAAAUAUAAAACUUUUUUGGGGUGGCGUUGUGUAUGCCCACUUGUUGACAUCUGUACAAAAACAUGGAAGCCGUGCUUCUAAAGACAAAAUAAAUGGAAUAUGUUGAAGACCA